UCAAGCAUCCACCUGCGCCGCAGUAUGCCAUUUUCUAUAUGGACAGGUGUCAAGGUAUCCACAAGAUGACGAUUUUUGCGCAGAGUACACAACAUAUCGUACUGUCCGGUGUAUAAAGCCGGCACCACGACCUGGCUCUAUAAUCUUUGUCUGUUAAUGAACGUGCCCGAGGAGACGCUGAACAGUGGCAAAGAGCAGCUGUCGACCAUCGCCAGAAGAGCGAUACCGGAACUUGAGUAUCCUGAGGCCGAUCACGUUCUGACAACGAGCAGGAAGUUAUUGGUCGUGCGACAUCCUUUUGAGAGGCUGCUAAGCGCCUAUCGUGAUAAAUUGGAGAACUCCAUCGCCGGACGGGAACACGGGACGCUUUACUUCUAUCGCAAAUUCGGGGCCAAGAUUGUGCGGAAGUAUCGCAAAGAAAAUUUCACGGAGCCACGGUCGAAUCAAGUGAUUCGACGCGAGGAUGUACCGCCGCCGGCUGGAGUGGAACCGACUUUCCGAGAGUUUGUUGAAUACAUGAUUAAGACUGACCUAGGCAGUUACGGAGACGAUCAUUGGAUGCCAUAUUAUCUCUUUUGCACGCCGUGUCUCGUCAAAUACGACAUCAUCGCGAAGGUGGAAUCGCUGUGGAGAGAUCAGGUGUAUGCGAUCAAUAAAUUAGGAUUGCAAGACAAGAUCGAGCCCAGAUGGAGACAUAGUAACAGAUACGCUAACGCCUCCAAGAUAUAUUUCAGCCAGUUAAACAGAGAGAUGGUGCGUAGACUGUACGAGAAGUUAAGGCUGGAUUUUGAAUUGUUCGAUUAUUCGCCUGACGUUUACUACGAAUAUGCUACGUCUAUUAAUUAAUUAAAGUUAGCAGUAUAUCAAGCUCUGUGUCAACAGUCUAUUGAGCACAAUUUUAUAAUAAUAUAAUCGUGUCUAAAACACUGAUGUAAACCAUCGAUGGCCUACAGAGCAGGCAUCUCAUUUGAGAUUUAAAAAAAAGACAAAAGAGAGAAAGGUACGUUAAGUCCCUACAUGCGCACACGUAAUGCUGAUAAUUGAUGGAGCUUAAAUCACAUUACGUCACGCGACGAACUUUUGUCGACGACGAAAAUCGAUCGACCUACUUCUCACCAUACCUAAUGUAUCGGACCGGCGGUUUGUCCUAAAGUCAAGGGUCCUCAAGUGGAUACGUUAAUCGUCAAGGAUCGCGACAACCUGAAGCAGGGCAUUACCCUGCUAACACGCGGCAAGAAUGGUGCCAAUGAAUCUCAUGUGAAUUUUCACGAAGUCACAUCUAACUUGAAUUUCUUCAAAGAAUAACAUCACGAUUUUUUCUAACUGUGAUAUAUAAUAUAUUGAGGUCUAUGAGUCCAACUGAAUUAGCUGGAUCCGUCCACAGUUUUAAAGAUCUCUUUCUUUUGUUAUUUGCGCGAAUCAACUUUUAUAUAUAAUUUCUAUAUAUAAUCCGACAUUAAAUAUCAAUACUU